AUGCUAGUUCUCAGGUUUCUCAAUGUGGUUGCUCCUGCCUACUUCCUGUGCAUCUCUUUGGUGACCUUCGCCCUCCAGCUCUUCCUCUUCAUCCCUAGCAUGCUCCAAGACCCUUCCGGUGCCACCCCACUUUUCUCGUCUGCCCUGCUGCAUGGGGUCCUCUUCCUCUUCCUCUCAGCCAAUGCACUGGGCAACUACAUCCUGGUGAUUCAGAACUCCCCAGAGGACUUGGGCAAAAGCGUGGACCUGGCCAGAGGAGCUGACUGGUUGGAUGGAAGCCAUUCCUCCCUAGACUCAGCCGUGCCAGGCACCCACUUCUGUAGACUGUGUGCCAGGGUCACCCAAAGGCAUGACCACCACUGUUUCUUCACAGGGAACUGUAUAGGGAACAGGAACAUGCGGAACUUCAUUAUGUUCUGUCUAUACACCUCCUUGGCUUGCCUGGAUUCCCUGGUCACUGGGGUGGCUUAUAUUUCUGCUGUGCUCUCCACCUCCUUUGCUAAUCCACUGGCUUUCCUUACCCUUCUGCCUCGCUCUAUCAGCCAGUUCUUCUCAGGAGCUCUUCUUGGCUCAGAAAUGUUUGUCAUCCUCAUGCUGUACCUCUGGCUGGGAAUCGGACUCGCCUGCGCCGGCUUCUGCUGCCACCAAGUGCUGCUGAUCGUGCGGGGGCAAACGCGGUACCAGGUGCGGAAGGGGAUGGCUGCCCAAGCCCGGCCCUGGAAGAAGAACCUCGAGGAGGUCUUUGGCAAGCGGUGGCUGCUGGGACUUCUCAUUCCCGUGCUCAAUGUAGGAAGUGACUAUCACCGGCAGAAGUGA